GUCGGUUAAUCAGCUCAUUUGGUUUCUCUCUCAUCGGAUAUCUGAUAAUUCUUCCUUCUCCAGAAUUUCCACAUAGUUUAGGGCUCCUAAUGGAGGUGCAAGGAGCCAGCUAGCUUCAGACUGUUGUAAUCACUGCUACGAGCUUUAUCCGAUCAAUUACUUGAUCUCCGUUUUUAAAUCCGUCGUCUACCAACUCUAUGAUUGGAUUGCACAUUACGGCUGAAAUAAGGUAGGAACCUUUAACUUUUAUCUGGCUGGGAGCGGAGCAGCAAUGUUGCAAACAAUCGAGCGCUCACUGAUCAACCGAACCUGUAGCUCCAUUGUGUUUGGUUUAACAUAUUAAACACUCUACAUUAUGUCAAGUGAGAGUGAGGAGACGGUCACGUCUACAGAUGGUUUGAAUUCACCAUCAGUUGAAGAACUCAAUGGUUGUGGGAACUCAGGAGGUGGACUUCUGAAGAAAGGACCCUGGACCACAGCAGAAGAUACCAUUUUGGUUGAAUAUGUAAAUGAACAUGGAGAGGGUAACUGGAAUGCUGUUCAGAAGCACUCUGGCCUCUCUCGAUGUGGGAAAAGCUGUCGUUUACGAUGGGCAAAUCAUCUAAGACCAAAUCUGAAGAAAGGUGCAUUCUCUCCGGAUGAAGAACGACGCAUCAUUGAACUGCAUGCUAAGAUGGGAAACAAAUGGGCCCGUAUGGCUGCCGAGUUACCUGGACGGACAGAUAAUGAGAUAAAGAAUUACUGGAAUACCAGGAUCAAAAGAUGCCAGCGUGCUGGGGUAUCAGUAUAUCCCCCCGAUAUCUGUCAAGCAUUGCAUGAGAAUCAACAACAGAGUGGAAACAUGGGGUCUUUCUCAAAUUGCAAUACUUACCAGUCUGAUAUCUACCCAUUUUAUAACAUGGAUAUUCCUUCUGUGGAAUUUAAGAAUCUAGAAAGCAACAAUCCUUUGUAUGCACAAUCUCUGCUUGAUAGCAACCCUACAAGUACUUUGAUACUUCCGGGAUUCACCUCUUCUCACAGUGAUAGCUUGGUAUUACCAAUGCUGCAACAAUCAAAGCCUCCUAAGGAAUCAACUGACAUGCUCCCCUACAAAUACAAUUUCCUUCCAUAUAAUCAAAGUCAAGAUGUUGUUCCUGAGAAGAUCUCUUCUACCUUUGGCUUUUUGGGUGCAUAUGAUCACAAUCAUACUGCUGAACCCCCGCCAUCAUCAUAUUUUCUACCUGGCAGCGAAGCUUUUUCGAAUGCCAAUUCUUCUUCUUCUUCUGGGCCUGUUCCUUGGGCCAUGAAGUCGGAGCUCCCUUCACUCCAAUAUUUAGAUCCUCAACUGGGCAGUUGGGAAACACCAUCUCCACUGCCUUCACUUGAGUCUGUCGAUACCCUGAUGUUGUCCCCUAAAACUGAAAAUUCACAUUCAGAUUGCCUUUCAUGUCGCAAUAGCGGUCUCUUGGAAGCAGUACUGUAUGGAUCCCAUACGAAAACCCCCAAAGACAACUAUUAUCCUGAAACGUCUAAAAACUGUAAUGUGUUCAAUGAUGGAAUGAAUGUCGGCAUACCAAUGAAUGCUCCUGAGACAGCAUGGGAGAUAUUCAACGACUGUUCAAGAUCAGGAUUCAGUUAUUGUUCUCCUAUCAGGAGUAUGUCCUUCAAUGAACAACAUUCAAAUGAGAACUUGUCAGGAUGCAACAUAAAGCAAGAAGUAACUGACUGUCUUGCCAUGGAACACAGAGUAUAAGGGAAGGAGACAGACUGAUUUCUUCCCUGACAUUGUUUGAAGCAGUGAGAGGCCAUUACCAUGUGUUGUGUUAUUGCAUGGUAGUUCCCAAGGCUUUCACUGUUUCCUUGGUGUUGUGUUGUCUUUCAUUUUA